AUGGAGUCUAGCCCUGUCCCUGGCCCUGGUUUUGUCGGGAUAUCGGACAACAAUCCAGGGUCCACGGUCUCGGAUGGCAGCGGAUCUCCGAGCCUUGACGCUGUGUUCCAUUCUCGAUUGCUGGAGCUUCCUGCCGCUUCCCCGUCUACCGAAGCGAGUAUCCGCUGGAUCAUCAACGCCCUCAUCAACGCACACAGUAUCGCCGCCUUCCGCCUCCCUAUGCCCAGCCGAUCAACGUUAUGGGAAGGAAAACACCCCCACGCCAGGUUGUACUCGCAUAUCGUUGAUGCCAACUUUGCCUGGGUACAAGCUGUCAAAGACUCAAAUCGCACUAUCUAUGUACGACAUGGGACGCCGAUCGGACUCUUGACCGAGAUCGACCAACACGUGCAGGCCUCUGCAGACUCCCCGCACGUUGCAGAGCUGUGUAGGUCCAAACCUACCACACCCUUGCGAUACGAUGGCCUGAAACACGCGCAGUCAGAACAUGUCCUGCCCAACGGCGUCACCAUUCUUGGUGACAAGUCCAUCGUCAACGAAUUGGCCGACACCGUGAACACUUACGACAUCUGGGCCACCGAAGGGAACUCAGGCCUUGUGGAUACAUCCAAGGAGCGAUGGAUGGAGAUCCUCUUCCUGAACGACCUUGCCGAACCUCGCCGAACCCGAUCCGAAGAGCGGCCCGAAAGACUUGCUCAUUAUGGAGUCCCGACUGUGGGAUUUGAGGCGAAAAAGACCGAUGUCGAGUCCGACGUGGCCCAGGCCCUAGGGUAUACGGGCUACAUCCAUCGAGAGCGCAAGAAUCUCCCUAAAAGAGAUUGUACUGUAUAUGGUAUGGCCUCGAACUGGAGUUGGUUCGCGUUCCUCAAAUUCUCUCACGAUUCGAAGGUGAGCUUUUUCAAAUUAUUUAAACCUAAUACUCUAACCUCUACUAGUGGUCAGAGCACGUUGUCAGUGCGUGGUGGCAAUUUCAAGCUGCCUCUCGGUAUACCCGUUUAUAUGCUUCGCCGGGCCAUCAUGUCACCCACCCACUCCAAGGAGAGUUCCGGCCAAUCCCAUACACAGGAGGGAUCGGACGAGAUAAACCAGGCCUUCACCACCGUUGAUGAGGAUAUCGAGAUGGAGCAAUAG